AUCUUUUAAAAUACAGGAAGAAAAAAACUCAAUCGUUAGUACCGUUUCCAAUUUGACUAGUAUAUUAUCCACCGUUCGACAUGGCCGUCUUCAUGAUAAACAUCUGUAAAUAUAAUGGCUGUGGGAUAACUUUUCCUCGACUACCAGAUUUAAUUGAACACAUUGAAGAUGUCCACAUUGAUUAUGAUCCAGCCGUAAUAGAACAGAAGGAAGCAUCACAGCCAGCAUGUAUACCUCUGAGCUACGUAUUGAAGUUCUUCACAGAGGCUUCGCGACGGGAACUGCAGAGUCUACCUCCUGUGGAUGUGCGCAGGCGGCUCGUGUCCGCACCCAAGACACCAUCAGUGCGAAGCAGUUCCCCAACAGGAAGUGAAGUAGAUGAAGACGAGAUGAUGAGCCCGUCCGAGGACAGCAACGACUCGUGGACCACCGUUGAAGAGUACAGCUCUGAGUUCAUACUGCGCUAUGGAGUCAAAAUGAACGCGAGCGCAGCGUCCGGCGCGCUGGGUCCAGCGGCGCAGGAGAAGCCGUUCGCGUGCCCCGUGCCCGGCUGCAAGAAGCGCUACAAAAACGUCAACGGCAUCAAAUACCACUCCAAGAACGGACACAAGAAGGACGGCAAAAUCAAAAAGUCUUACAAAUGUCAAUGCGGUAAGAGUUACAAAACGGCACAGGGUCUCAAAAGUCACUCGAUCACCCACCACAUAAGUCAAAACGCAGUCCCAGCAUCGGAGCCCAGUAGGCCCAACAUUCAGAAGAUGCCGGGUCUGGUCGUCACAGCAUCUCCCGCCAGUCGCCCAGUCAACAUCAUGGAGGCCAUCGACACUAGCAAACUAGUCCGUAUAUACGACAGCAUAAAUACUAAAGAUCUCCCCUCAUUCACUAUACCCAAGCAUAACCUGACAAACCUGAAUAUUAUCACUAGUCAAAACGGGGGCAUUCGCCACUCGGUGCUGUUGACACCGAAUUCGUCCCCCGCUUCCAGCCCGCUAGACAAGACCAAAUGCGAGAGACUACCCAAAAUAACUCUACCCCACGACUAUGACAUAUCGAUGACUAACGAACGCAGAUGCUAAACACGAAAUUGUCUGACUUUUUUUCAGAACAAAUAACGACUAGUCUUAAGUCAUAUUAGAAAGUGGAUUUUACUUUUUUGAAACGAAAAAUGCGAUAUAUCUAUUUACAUAGGAUUCCAGAUUUUGAUCACAUUAAUUCUUUAUUUUAAGUAAGGUUCUGUUUUAGAUGAGUCAAAGAUUUUCGUUAGGUGAUUUUAUUUAAAUGAUUUAGUUAAUUAGAUGUUGGGUGUAGCUAAAGUGAACAGAUAAGUUUAAUAUUAUAUUGAUGCCUGGUUUUGGAGAUCUUUUGACUCGAGUUUAUCUUUUAACUUAACGCUUUUGAUUGGCUAACGAGUAACGCCGAUACUAACCAAUCAAAUAAUAAUAAUAAUAAAUUAGCUUUAUAUCAGGCUCAGAUCAAAGGCAUAGUCCCUCUCUCAGAAUAUAUUAUUUUAGUCUGAGCUCUAGAGUUUGUAGUUUAGAAUUUUAGACACUAAUAUGUAGGUAUUGUAUACGACCGAAUACUUCUAUACCUUGUUUUUUCUUACAUAAAGUGCCCACAAUUAUUUAUGAACAAUGUGGUAUAAGUAUAGUUUUUUUAAUUUAUUACAAUUUUUAUAUUUAUUACUAUUUCUGUUCUGACAUUACAAUUUUAAUUUUUAUAUUUAUGCAAGAAAAAACUCGAUGUAGUACUUAAUACAAUACAGUUCCUAUUUUACUACUGUACUUGACAGCUGACUAUAAUAUAUUUGUGUUACCGCGUGGCGAAUUGAACUCCAAGCUUUAUUUGAAAGACAAUGUUAAAGUAAGUUUUGUUAUUUUAUGCGUAGGUUUUGUGUUCAUUUGAAC